CUUCUGAGGAUAACGAAAGGUCUAUUUUUGCCCUGGAGAACUUCCUUGAAAGUGUGAUACACUUGCGCAUAUGGUCUUUCCAAAAUCGAGGUCUCUCUCAAGUCCUCGACAACAAAUAUUCUGCCAUCGUUUGA